AUGAUUUUGUAUGCUCUUGCGGAGCAAGUAGUGAAGGAGACAACAUUUCCUCCGGCGAGGAGACGUGCUGCAUGUCAGCAUCCAUGUGCUUUCCAGCAAUUGAGAGUCGCUGAAGUCAAUGAUUUCCAUUCCAAGAUCAUUCAUUUGUGUCUCAUGCGAGUAGUGGACUUAUGCCCUCAUGACUUUUGCACCUUUUUCAAGGAAAAGGAGUUGUGCUGCAUCGAUCAAUCGACCAUGAAUACCGAAUCAACAAUGCCGGAGGACACAACGUGUGAUGAAUGUGGGAAAUAUUUUAAUACCAAGGAGUUGCUGUAUGACCACAUGGAUUUAGAGCAUCGGGUAAUCUGUCCGAUUUGUGGAACGCGUGCGAGAGAUUUAACUGUGGCAUGCGACAAUUGUGAAAUAUUGCAUCACAUGGAAUGCGUUGGCAUUCACCCUAUGGAAGCACCUGCAGAGAGUGACGAAUGGUUUUGUCCAAAAUGCCGUCCAUCGAACGUGGGACGACCGGAAGUGAAACCGCCUGGGGGUAAAAGUCCUGUAAAACGCAAGGGCAAAGGAUCGUCGCAAGCCAGCUCGCCCGGAGAUUUUGAUAAACUCCUGGCGGCAUGUGAAAAUGCCACUGAGGAUAUGCUGAACGCUCAGGCAACCGCAGAGGAAAGCAGAGACACACUUUCAGAGGAACACUUCAACAGUUUGAUUGAGAUGGACGUCGAAAAGAAAUAUCACUGUAAACUGUGUCCUCCAUCCUCAGUGCUUCCAACAAGGAAAGCUGCAGAAAUGCAUCUAACGAAUCUCCAUAUGUCUAGUCAGCUGUUCAUUGCCUCACGUUGGGUUUGCCUGCCGUGUUUUAUGGAUUGUGGCCCUCCGUUGCAUUAUCGUUGCCCUCUGUGUGAGAAAACUGGCAAAAGCAAAGAAGAACUUCUGAUGCAUGCUGAAAUACACCAAGAGUAUUGUGACGCUGCUAGAGAGCUGAAAGUCGCUUCACCAUCAAAACUGAAAAGUCCAAAGAAGUCUCCCGUCACAAAGAAUGUUGAUAAAAAGAAAAAAUACCCUGUGAUGGCCGGGUUGAAUGUGCAGUUCUAUGCGUCGAAAACAUCCAUCAUUGUUGAUCGCUUGGCCGAGGCGGAUCCAUCUGCAUUGGAAAACUUCUUCAAUGGCAUAGUCAAGUUCUCUGGAGGAAAAUCCGUUUGCAAAUUGUGUCCUGUGCCGGAUGAUCUUAAUGUUGCUGGUUCUUUGCCUUUCCUCAAGAGCGAAACUGCGCUAGAACACUUUCUUAAGGCUCACUUCAGAUUCCGCAUUGCUAUGGGAGACACUGGAAAUUGUUUGCGGUGUCUGAGGCUGUGUAAAAGAGUUACUGAUGACCAGGGUUCAGGUCAUUAUCACUGUCCCUUAUGUCAGAAAUUAUUACCUAGCCAUGACACGUUCGUUUCCCACGCCGCUGAGCACAUGCGAACAAAAAUGAGCAUGGAGAAGCCUAAUGAAACCUUCCCUUUGACGUGGAAUGUUUCUCCAAUGGAUUCGAUGAUGGAAAAGGCGCCUGUAGCUAAGCAACCCGUGCAUAAAUCCGUAGAAAGUCGCCUGACCAUGGCUGCUCCUACUGGUGGGAUAGCUUAUAUCGACAGCAUGGGGAACAAAUUGGUUCAUCCGCUCAAAGAUGUCUUGCUAAAAUGCAAGUUGUGCGGAUUUCCACCUGCCGACAAAGACUCUGUUUUGCAGCAUCUGAGCUCAUCCCAUUUGGGUGAUUGCAUCCGUUUAGACGAGCAGCAUUUCCUCCCAUGCAAUCUUUUCUGCGUUCCCGGAUUGUUCGUUACUCCAGCGCAUUUCCAUUGUCCCUUGUGCCCACGGCUCAUUACUUGUGGUGACCAUGAAGCAACGCGUAUUGCGUCCAAUUGUUUCCUGAAGCAUCUUAACGACGUGCAUGGCACUUGUGGGUCACGAGUGGCAGCGAAUCAAAACAAAUUUCAGAUAAAAAAUGACUUGAAUGUCGGGCCGGAGAAAUUUCUGUGCGUUGCGGUUUCAACACAAAAUGGGACGGAUAUCGGUUUCGAAGAACUAAGUGUUGUACUUCUACCGCAUGGCGCCUUUGACGACACUCGAGCAUUGCACGAAUUUAUCAAUUUACCCAUGGAUUUUGCUAACGAAUUCGAGGCGAGUGCGAAAGAUGCCUUCUUGCUUGGUGCUGUGUGUCGAUUCCUAGACAGCCACAACCAAUGCGUGUUGUGCGGCAGACAUAAUGUGAAAAGGGCCGAUUUCGUUGACCACUGGAAGGAAGUUCAUCUUAACAAUGCCGUGGAUGUCAAAGUAUCCGGGAAAACGUGGCUUUGUCCUUGUUGUCUUUGCGGAACAGCGGAUAUUCCGCACUUCGUCUGUCCGAUUUGCUCGGCAGUCGUUGAGACAAGAGAAAUUUUCGCUUGUCACAUGGAAAAGCACGAGAAAGCGCAAGAUAACGCUGGUCUGACCAAUGGCGAAGACCAAACUUCGAGUGACUACGACAAGGCGGCCGUAGAACACGAAAGUUCAAAACAGUAUGCCAAUAUUUUAGCUUCUUGCAGGGGUUUGAAAGUAGUGGACACAUCUGCUUUGGAAGAAUGUUCGAGUGUGAGCUGUCCCUUGAAUAAUGAGCAUUUUCAUUGCCCACUCUGCAAGUGUGAGGACGCGUAUUUGGCUGAUUUUGGCGGAAUAGGAGUGCAUAUUUAUGCCUGUCCGGGUGCGUCGCUGGCUUAUGAGUCGAACUGUCGCAAGCUACUACAAACUGUCGACGAUGAAAUCCGCUGUCAGUUGUGCAGUGAGAGGGAUAUGACUUGUUGGAGUUUGAAUGAGGAACAUGUGGCGUUGACACACGUUUCAGAGAUGCAUCUUAAGAAAGGAGUCACUUUCUCUAACGAGGUGUUCCCGCUGUGCAAGCUGCUCUGCCGAUCUGGAGCAGACCACUACCAUUGUCAUAAAUGUGGUUACAUCUGCAUUCGAAGCAUGGAAAUACUUGAUCAUGUCGCGGACUGCCUUCGUAGCCUAAAACGGCCGUUGGAUAGCGAAACUAGCGGAGACGAGCAAGAAUCAAAGAAGACCAAAUUCGGUGACCUGGAUGAAACUUCCAAAAUAAUACCCGAUGUCAAAUGCGAUCCUGCGGACAAAACCCUCACGGACAUGGUCAAGUCCGAAUCAAAGGAUAGUGAAGUGGGGGAAAUCGAGGAUACGAAAUUCGAAAUUCCGGAAGAUUUGAAGACCGAUGAGGUGUCUCUGAAGCCAGAAGCAAUUGACGAGGAUGAGGAAAAGACUGAAGAACCCAUGGAAUUAGAUGACGGCCCGAGAUCCGAACCGAUGUCCGUAGAAGUAGAGCGUGAGUGCAUGGAUGUUUCCGAGAAGGACGACAAAGAAUCCGACAAAGUCAUGGAUAGUCCAGAUCCGCAGGAAGAAGCAAUGGGAUCGCCGGAAACUUCCGAAACGAUUCCUACAGUCAUCACUCCCGAGGAUCAGUGCGUUGCUGAAGAGCGAGAAGCGAAGGAUAGCAAUGAGAGCAAUGACGUGACAGUGACGGAGGUAACGACGAAUGACGUCUCCGCGACACCCAGCAGGAGUAUUUUUGAUGAACCCGAAGAAGAAACGGAGCCGGUGAUCGCCACACCGCAGAAACCAUUCGUGGCAAAUGCGGCAAACGUGUCCUCUGGCGAAGAGACUUUCUACACGCCGGCAUCUAUUCGAAGUGCCCCGCAGGUCGAAUUUUUCACGGCCAAAACGGAGCUUUCUGCCACGAGCACUGAGCAGUUGUCCCCCGUUAAGCUCAAUUUCGAUGGGGACAACAGCGAUAAAACAGAGUGACUUCAAUGAGAAGAAAAAACGUUAGUGAACUGCAUUCCAGGGCAACUGUUCUUUUUUUUUCCUGACGUCCCGCUGCUAAAAGGUCGAAGCGACGCAUUGAUAAAAAAAAAAAAAAACUUGAACGUUUAAGGUGUAUCACUGCGAACGUGUUUUGGGCAUACUUCGCUUACCGGAGCUUAGAUUUUCUAUGAUCACAUCCCGUAUUCAAUUCGAAUAGCUUUAUCCCCGAAGGUGAGGAACCUAUCGAACUCCGUUGUCUCUGCAAUAAGACAGUCAUGCAUUUCUUGCUGAUACAAUGGCUCACGUUGACUCGAAAAUUGUAUUGUAUCCUUCGAUUAAGGUUUGUGUUGUAUGUAGGUUUGUAUGACUGACAAUCUUCGAAAAUAGUAGAAUUUUGCUGCAGAACAUGAAAAAUUGAAUAUUGUUGUUUGUCAUAUGGUUAAGACUCUUCGCUGUAAAUAUUUACGAGGAAUUCAUUUCGCUGAAAAGUAUUAAGAUUGAAUGGGAGCCUUUCGUACUACUAGUGUUGAUCGAAGCGCUUCUUUUUUACAUUCUGCGAUUUAUUUUGAUUUUUAAGAAAAUUUGAGUUUCAUUUGUGAUGUUUAUAAAAGAAGAAUAUUCGUGUGAGUAUUCUAGUGUUGAUUAUCCUGGGAAAAGCCGGCCUUCGAUGAUUUCUCGUGGUUGUUCGGUCCGAACGCAUGUUUUUGUAUUUUGGGUGAUCCUGGAAAAAAUAAUUGAAUCCUGUUGAUCCGCCUUUCUUAGGGGCUAGCGCGAUCCGAAUGUUGUCCUGUUUGAUUUUGUGAUGAACGCUGUUCUGUUUUAUUCACUGUCAAUCUACUGUAGACCAUUUUAUGGGCUUGGUUAGCAUGUGGUCCAGUGGUGGUUAUUUUCGAAGGAAAAAGUGUAAUACAAUGCUUGACGACGAGCAACGUCUAGUUGUUUGCUUACAUCAGCAUUUUGCUGUUGGAUGGAAACAAAAGGCUUUCUCCGUAAGUCUGAUUAGUUGUCGCUCCGAAGUUUUUUUUCUUUUUUUUUUGUGUGUGUAGGUGAUCUGAGGCGUGCGAAAACGCGUUCGACAGCUUUGUACUGUAUCGUAUUCCCCCAGAAGAAUUGUGUACAGACGAUCAGUCGAUUCGUAUACGAGCAAGUUUUCUGCGUGAAGAUCAGUUUCCUGCUGUGUAAUAGAAAUGAAAACUUCGGUAUCGCCGGAAA